AAGCUUUUGCGCAAGACCGGAAGAGUCAGUCUGGAAAGAUGGCGCGGUCCAUUUCGUGCUCUCGCUUGCCUCACUGCGCCAAUGAGCACUUUUCAUAGAAAUGAAUGGGGACGCCAUCUUGGAAGAAAAAUCUAGCUGUGUCUAUUAAUAUAUAAAUCUAUGAGAAAGACGCAUGUCGCAGCGAAAUAAUCCCACAACGACAAAAAUGGAAUUGGAUUUUAAUAUUAAGAAAUCUGAAUCACAAGAUUUGCUCUCUUAUGGCAACGGCAGAGGUCUCCACGACAAGCUUCUUCUCAAAUCUUCAAAGAUUGGCACCACUUUGCAGACCGAGAGGAUCCCAAGAAGUAGCGUGCUGGAUAGGCUGCAGAGUUUCCUGCCGCAGAUGGCCCAGGCCAAUGAAAAGUUGAAAAGGGCAAUGGAACUGUGUCCUCCUGGCCAUUUUGACAUAGAGAGUGUGGAGGAGAACGAGAAAAUCAUAGAAAUGGAUGUAGCAGUGGUAGAGCUGAGUGGUUCGGAUAAUGAUUCUGAGGAUUCCUCACAGACCGGCGAAUCAGAUUCUGAUGAGGAGAGUGAGUUGACUGAAGAAAGCCUUAAACUGCCCGGCAACAGCCAGAGAAAUAGAAAAGUCUACAUCCAAGUGCUGGAGAAUCAGGAGGAUGAGGUCUUUAUGGCCAUUUAGGAACUUUAACUUGAUCAACUGUUGGGAGAUCAGUUCACUCAGUCAACUCUCCUGGUAUAUGAGCUGGUUACUACUAACUCUGGACCUGCAGUUGAGAUCAUAUUGAUGGAUCCUACAUUGCAGAUCUUAUUUUGGAGUUAUAAUGGACACACCAAGGAGACUCGCUGGAUUUUGAUUGCAAUUAUAGUGGGAACACAAACAUCAGAAUGCACCAUGAGGACACCACUUUUUGUUAUGAGCCAAAUAUAAUUAAAGCAAAAACUCAAGUUAUUAUAGUGUUUUAGAAGGAAUUGUGUUGGUGAUAGGACCUAGAAGCAUCUAUAAUCAUGUAUGUUGCCCCUCAGUUAAUCUUGUGAGACUGCUGAACCUAGGAUGUAUUUGAUUAUUUUAGGGGAUACAGAAUUGAGCUGUACUGUAUAUUUCAAAACGGAUAUAAACAGGAUAUUUUGUAAUACAAAGUUGCAUAGAUAACGGGGCAAAGCCAUUAAAGGAAUCCAGAUUUUCUUUUUUAUCAACCACCUGUGCCUUGUGAAAAUGGGACGAAAGCCUUUAGUAUCAUCUGCAUUACAUUGUGGGUUAUGUAAUUAGACAUAUUCAUAAGUAACUUGAUGAUGCUUGAUCUCAACUCCAGUUUUUGCUAAAUAUGUGAAUAUUGUUACACUUCAUUAUAAAAUUAUUUGAAUCCCGAA